CCGCGGCGUGCCGAGCUUCCACAUACCUACCCCCUCCUAGCUCCCUCCCCCGCGGCCUCGCCGCUCUUCGGGCCUCCCCGGUGACCCUCUCCCCCACUUCCGGCUCCCCUCAGCGCUCCAGUGCCUCCCCCCUCCCUUGUUCCCCUCAGGUCUUCGGUCAUUCCUCGCCCCGCCCCGCCCCGGGUUCCCUUCAGCAUCCCCAUGUUCCCCAGCUCCCCGUAGCCUUCCGCUCCUCUCCCUUUUCUCUUAGCCUUCCCUGUCCUCGGUUCCCUUAUAGCCCCCCGAUUUCCCCAUAACACCCCACGCGCACUUCGGUUCCCCCAUAGACCCCAGCGCCCGGUCCCCGCCGCCAUGAGCGAGCUGAAGGACUGCCCGCUGCAGUUUCACGACUUUAAAUCGGUGGACCACGUGAAGGUGUGUCCCCGGUACACAGCCGUGCUGGCCCGCUCCGAGGACGACGGCAUCGGCAUCGAGGAGCUGGACACACUGCAGCUGGAGCUGGAGACCCUGCUCUCCUCUGCCAGCCGCCGCCUCCGUGUCCUGGAGGCCGAGACCCAGAUCCUGACGGACUGGCAAGACAAGAAGGGUGACCGUCGGUUCCUGAAGCUGAGCAAGGACCACGAUGUGAGCACCUCUGUCAAACAUGGGAAGCCCAAGAAGCAGAAGCUAGAGGGCAAAGGGGGCCAUGGGACUGGGCCUGGCCCUGGACGGCCCAAGUCCAAGAACCUGCAGCCCAAGAUCCAGGAAUAUGAGUUCCAAGAUGAUCCCAUUGAUGUGCCCCGCAUUCCCAAAAAUGAUGCUCCCAACAGGUUCUGGGCAUCAGUGGAGCCAUACUGUGCUGAUCUCACCAACGAGGAGGUCAGAGUCCUGGAGGAGCUGCUCAAGCCACCAGAGGACGAGGCCGAGCAUUACAAGAUCCCACCCUUGGGGAAGCAUUAUUCCCAGCGCUGGGCCCAGGAGGACCUGCUGGAGGAGCAGAAGGAUGGAGCCCGGGCGGCGGCUGCUGCUGACAAGAAGAAAGGUGUCCUGGGGCCACUGACUGAGCUGGACACCAAAGAUGUUGAUGCUCUUCUGAAGAAGUCAGAAGCCCAGCAUGAGCAGCCAGAGGAUGGCUGUCCCUUUGGGCCCCUGACACAGCGCCUCCUGCAGGCCCUUGUUGAGGAGAACAUCAUCUCUCCUGUUGAGGACUCCCCCAUCCCUGAGAUUGCUGGCAAGGACUCGGGAGCUGAUAGUGCUGGCACAUCUCCCCGCAGCCAGAACAAGCCCUUCAGUGUUCCUCACACAAAGUCGCUGGAGGGGCGGAUCAAGGAGGAGCUGGUGGCUCAGGGCUUGCUGGAGUCAGAGGACCGGCCAGCUGAGGACUCGGAGGACGAGGUGCUGGCUGAGCUGCGCAAGAGGCAGGCCGAGCUGAAGGCCCUCAGCGCACACAACCGUGCCAAGAAGCACGAACUGCUACGGCUGGCCAAAGAGGAGCUGCACCGGCAGGAGCUGCGGCAGCGUGUCCGCAUGGCUGACAACGAGGUGAUGGAUGCCUUCCGCAAGAUCAUGGCUGCCCGGCAGAAGAAGCGCACGCCCACCAAGAAAGAGAAAGACCAGGCCUGGAAGACCCUGAAGGAGCGGGAAAGCAUCCUUAAGCUGCUGGAUGGGUAGCUGAGGACCCCUUCCUCUGCUGUGGACUUUGGUACUCUGGGGGUGGUGGCUGUACCCCUGUCACACAGGGUGCUGGCAGGGAAUGGGGUGGAGAGUCUGCUCCUGGGUGACAGGUCGCAGCUGCUCUCUCUUCUCUGCAGAGGGCUGCAGACCCUGCAGAAGGGCAGGGGUCCCUCCUGGGAGCGGCUUCCCCUCACUGUGGCCAGAGGCCUGUCCUGCUUCCCCUGGUUAUUCUAGGAGGGUGACAUCAGCCUGGCUCCUGCACAGGGGGUGGAUUUGGUGGCUGCUGCUGUGCAGCUCCCACGAUCCCCUGCCCCGCCCCAGGGCGCAAUCCCAGCUCUCAGGGGGAGGGAGGGAAAAGGGGAGGCAGGGCUUGUAGUGGGGAGCACAGCAGUGGGCUCGUGGGCAAUAAAGACAGAGUGCAAACAAUGGUGUGGUCUGC